GCAGCUCUCGCUUUGCAGCAGCGUCUCCGGGAGGCCGUGGCGGUGCUGGGCGGGGGCGGCCUUCUCUGCGCCUCAUACCUGGUGGCCGCGGGUGAGGAGCGGUUCUACGCCGAGCGCCUGAUGCCGGGGCUGCAGUGGCUGCUGGGGCCCGAGACCGCCCACGUGCUCGCCAUCCGCCUGCUCAGCCUGGGGGUCCUGCCCCGCGUGGCCCAGCGCGACUCGGCCAUGCUGGAGGUGUGCGUCCUGGGACGGAGGUUCCGGAACCCGGUGGGCCUGGCAGCCGGCUUUGACAAGCACGGGGAAGCCGUGGAUGGGCUCGCCAAGCUGGGAUUUGGCUUCGUGGAAGUGGGGAGUGUCACCCCACAGCCUCAGGAAGGGAACCCCAAACCUCGGGUCUUCCGGCUGCCAGAGGACCAGGCUGUCAUUAACAGAUACGGCUUUAACAGCCAUGGACAUGCCGCCAUGGAGCGUAGGCUUCGGGCCCGGCAGGGAGUGCAGCUCCAGCUCACGGAAGCUGGGAUGCCCCUCGGAAUAAACCUGGGUAAGAACAAGGGCUCGGCAGAUGCUGCGGCAGAUUAUGUGGAUGGGGUCCGGACGCUGGGCCCGCUGGCCGACUACCUGGUGGUGAACGUGUCCAGUCCAAACACGCCGGGGCUGCGGGACCUGCAGGGCAAAGCCGAGCUGCGCCGCCUGCUGGCCAAGGUGCUGGAGGAGAGGGAUGCCCUGAGGUGUGAGCACAAGCCGGCUGUGCUGGUGAAGAUUGCCCCUGACCUGACUGCCCAGGACAAGCAGGACAUAGCCAGUGUGGUGACCGAGCUAGGUGUGGAUGGGCUGGUCGUCACCAACACCACCACUAGCCGUCCCAGCAGCCUGCGUGGCACCCUGCGUGCGGAGCCUGGUGGCCUCAGCGGGCGGCCCCUGCGAGCACUCUCCACGCAGACGGUUGGCGAGAUGUACUCCCUCACCCAAGGGAAGGUGCCCAUCAUCGGCGUGGGCGGGGUGAGCAGCGGGCAGGACGCGCUGGAGAAGAUCCGGGCCGGGGCCUCCCUGGUGCAGAUGUACACGGCGCUCACCUACCAGGGGCCCCCUGUGGUGGGGGUGGUGAAACGGGAACUGGAGGUGCUGCUGAGGUGAGUGAGGGGCUGGGCUGCUCCCCAGCAGUGCUCUGUGUACGAGGAGGUGGGCCUCCGUCACACCCAUGGCUCCGUGCCUCAGUGUCCCCAGUGGUGUGGGAGCUGCUGGGUCUGAAAGGCCU